UUUUUUAAACUUACUUCUGCCCUGGGCCAUUUUCUGAUGAGCUUCUGUCUCUGAUCUGACAUUGCCUUUCACAUCCAUCUUUGUGCUGUUGCCAAUCUGUUGUGUAUAAAGUCAGUGCUUUCAUAAGCUGGCUGAGAUGGAAUCUCUCUAAUUAUUUUUGUGAUCCUUUCCUGUCUUCAAUGAGGGAAGCCUUGUCAAGCUCUGGUAGGUGCCGACCGAUCCCUCUGUCAUGUGGAAGGUAAUGAAUUUCUGCAGCUCUCCUGCUCUCUCUGCCUCCCAGGCUCUGGCUGGGAAGAGAGCAGGUCCUGUCCAGCCGGGAAAGGCGUGUGCAGCCCUGGCUGCAGACACGGCCUCCCUCUUUGGCUCCUGGCUGGGUGGGUGAAUGGGUUUUUCCCUGCUUCUUUGUUUCUGGUGGAGCUGCCUUUUCAGGUGGUUACACCCUGCUAUCCCAGGAAGCUGACGUGUGUUCAAAGGCUCUGCCAGUCCCUUGGCACUCGCCUUGUGCUCCAGCUUACAGGGACGUGCCAGUGGAGGGGAAGGUGUUCCCAGCUUCCAGACUGACGUGGGGACCAGGAUAACUGCAGGGCUGGGUGCAAUUCCCUUCGGGCUCUUGUCUUUUCUCCCCAUGCUGAGCUGUGAGCACCACCAGCUCCUGCAGCAACAGAUCCCUCUUGGCUGUGCUGCAUUCAGCCUCUCCUGGGGCUCCCCACACCACGUGCAAAUACAGCCCAAGGACAGCAGGCUCCUGCUCCAGCCUCACCAGGGCUGGCAGGUGGCUGGGACAAAAAUCCCUGCCUCCUUCUGCCUCGUCAAUGGUGGCAUCAACGUGCCAGCACCCCAGGGCUGCCAAAGUGGGGCUGAGCCCCCUGUCCCCACCACUGUGCUGACACACGGGGUCGUUUUAUGGCUUCGCAGUGCUUGGGCUGGAGGUGGCACCAGCACAGAUAUUGGGACCUUUCACCCCUAUGAAGGGGGAGAACCAGCAAACUUUGUGCCGGGCUGAGGGUUUGCCACGAGGGCUGCAGCCCUGGGGGAUUUUGCUUCAGCUGCGGAGCCCGGCGAGAUGAUUUGAAUAAUUUAAUACCGGGCUGUGACCAAGCCUGGCGAAAGGGUAAAGGAAACAAAGAGGCCCCCGGCCCCGAGCAACAAUAGCUCUUGAAACGACAAGCCGAGGCACGUCCGUGUGCCGCAGGCAGCGAGCAGCCCCAGCAAAUAGGCCGGUUGCAUUCCUCACGUCUGCUGCUUUGUUUCCCUGCAGCAGCUCCUGCUGAAAGCUCGGAAUCGGGGCUUCUCCCUUCUUCGCCUUGUUUUGUUGCAGGAAACAAGGCGCAGAGGUCAGAUCUCGGUGCUGACGGAGCGGUGAUGUGCUGGGCUGAGAAUCCCUGCUCCGUGUUGUGCAGCCCCAGCAGUGAGAGGUCUGGUCGUUUUCCUGUGGGGAAAGGUUGAGGGCAACGUGCAUGGGCUGCUUGUUCCCAUGCCUGAUAAGAUUACACAUCCCGCUGACCUCGGGCCGUUGCUGUCAGCAGGAAACAGCCCAAACCUCCUGCUGAUCCCUGAGCUGAUUUCAUUUGGUUCUGGCACCCCUCUCUUGCUUGCAGCCCCGUUCCCACGAGGCUUUGCAGAAAGGCAACUUCUGUCCAUCCAUCCUCUCCCCCGUUUCUUUUCUGCAGGAAAAAGUCCCCAAAACAGGGAGUGAGCUCCCCCAGCACUCCUUUCCGCCUCAGCUUUGGAAGUGUUGCUUUUCCAUCCUCUGAUUUAUGCUAACCCAGGCGGAGGGAUGCUGCUGGAGGAAGCCCAGAUGGGUUUGGGGACGGACCCGUCACCGGGGAUGGGCAACAUAUUGCUUCUACAAAGCUGGGUGCCCUGCCCGGAGGUGGAGUGUCAGCAGAGUGUGAGCCAAACGCCUGGCUGUCAUGGUGAGUGAGGGGAAAGGGUUCAUUAGGGAGAGGGGGAAAUGAGGGGAUCUUUGUUUGCAGGGUCUGACACCUCCGUGCCGUCCUGCUGGCACCCCCAGCGCCUUCUGAUGGCUUUGUCAGCUCCGGGCUAAUUAGGCUGAGGUGCUCUUGAAGCGAGGUUAGAAAAGGAAAAACUUCAAACAUCAAAGAGAUGGAGCUAAUAAAGCCUGGCGGGGGGAGCAGAACCCCACAGCCCUGUAUGGAGCGUGGUUCUGAGUCUUGCCUUGGGCUCUGGGCAAACCCAGCUGGGACAAAGGCCGUCCUGUGCUGCCAUGGGGGGUUUUACUGUGAGCUGGGUGAGUGACAAGGGGGAGAGGCUGAGCUUUUCUUCCUCCGCCUCCACGUGUGAAUGGAAAUCUGCCAGCACGUGUGGCCGUGCUGCUGCUGCUGCCCAUGCGGGGGCUGGUGAGGGAUGAACACAUGCUGGCAGCCCGUCAGCUGGUGCUGCUCAUCUCUGGGGAAAAGGGGCGAACGUUCCCAUAUGCUGCUCGGCUCUGGGAGGGCGAGGAGGGGGCUGGGACAGAUCUCCCUUUAUUCUGCAUCCCACCCCACCUCACCCCAUUCUGUCUCACGCUAGCCACUCUCUCUCAUCUCAUCCUAUCCCACUGCAUCCUAUAAGACCCCAUCUCAUCUCCCUCCAUCCCACCCCACUCUAUUCUAUACCAUCUCAUCCAAUCCCUCUCUAUCCUAUCCCACUCCAUCCCAUUCCAUUUCACUCCAUCCUGUACCAAUCCCAUCCAUCCCAGUUCAUCCUAUACAACCCCAUCCCAGUUCAUCCUCUACAACCCCAUCUCCUCUUGCCCCAUCCUAUCCCACUCUAUCCUAUACAAUCCCAUCUCACUCCACCCCAUUCACCCCCAUCCCACUCCACUCACCUCCAUCCCGCCCCCCCCAUCCCAUCCACCCUCUCCUAUCCCCCAUCAGGACAUCCCCGGCCGCUGCCCCACGCGGUGCCCCUGAGCCCCGUUCUCUCCCCGCCCGUCGUGCGGGAUUCGGGGCGGUUUCGCUGCGGUUGUCGCCGCCCCGGGGCGGAGUCGGCUCCGGGCAGCGGAGCGGUGCGCGUCGCGGGGCCGGGAGCGGUGCGCGAUGCCGGGCUACGACUACAAACUGCUGGAGCGACCGCGGCGGAGGGUGCUGUGCCCGCUGUGCGGGAAGCCCAUGCGGGAACCCGUGCGGGUCUCCACCUGCGGACACCGCUUCUGUGACACCUGCCUGCAGGAGUUCCUCAGCGAAGGCGUCUUCAAGUGCCCCGAGGAUCAGCUGCCCCUGGACUACGCCAAGAUCUACCCCGACCCCGAGCUGGAAGCCCAAGUGCUGAGCUUGGCCAUCCGCUGCAUCCACAGCGAGGAGGGCUGUCGCUGGAGCGGGCUUAUCCGACACCUGCAGGCCCACCUGGGCACCUGCGGCUUCAACGUCAUCCCCUGCCCCAACCGCUGCAGCACCAAGCUGAGCCGCCGCGAUCUGCCCCAGCACCUGCAGCACGGCUGCCCCAAACGCCGCGUCCAGUGCGAGUUCUGUGCCGGGGACUUCACCGGGGAGGCCUUCGAGGGCCACCAGGGGACAUGUCCUCAGGAAAGCGUGUACUGUGAGAACAAGUGUGGGGCACGCAUGAUGCGACGCCUGCUGUCCCAGCACACCUUGACCGAGUGCCCCAAGCGCACCCAGCCCUGCACCUACUGUGCCAAGGAGUUUGUCUUUGACACCAUCCAGAAUCACCAGUACCAGUGUCCCCGGUACCCCGUGCCCUGCCCCAACCAGUGUGGGACGCCCAACAUCGCCCGGGAGGAUGUGCCCACGCACCUGAAGGAGAGCUGCAGCACUGCCAUGCUGCUGUGUCCCUUCAAGGAGGCAGGCUGCAAGCACAGAUGCCCCAAGCUGGCCAUGGGUCGGCACCUGGAGGAGAGCACCAAGGCACACCUGGGCAUGGUGUGCGCCCUGGUGAGCCGGCAGCGGCAGGAGAUCCUGGAGCUGCGGCGCGACGUGGAGGAGCUGUCGGUGAGCAGUGAUGGGACCCUCAUCUGGAAGAUCUCUGACUAUGCCCGCAAGCUGCAGGAUGCCAAAACCCGCAGCAACUACGAGUUCUUCAGCCCUCCUUUCUACACCCAUAAGUACGGCUACAAGCUGCAGGUCUCAGCGUUCCUCAACGGCAACGGGAGCGGGGAGAACAGCCACCUGUCGGUGUACAUCCGCGUGCUGCCGGGUGAAUAUGACAACCUCUUGGAGUGGCCCUUCUCCUACCGUGUCACCUUCUCGCUGCUGGACCAGAGCGACCCGUCGCUCUCCAAACCCCAACACAUCACCGAGACCUUCCACCCCGACCCCAACUGGAAGAAUUUCCAGAAGCCGGGGGCGUCGCGGGGGUCACUGGAUGAGAGCACCUUGGGUUUUGGUUACCCCAAGUUCAUCUCCCACGAGGACAUCAAGAAGCGUAACUACGUGCGGGACAACGCCAUCUUCAUCAAGGCCUCGGUGGAGAUCCCCCAAAAAAUCCUUUCCUGAGCCCCCGAUAAUGGGGGACAACGCGGUGCUGUCCGUGGUGCUGAACCCCGGGGCUGGGGGCUCUCGGGGGCAGCGGUGGUGUCUCUGGGGGUGGGAGCCCACUGCCCCUUCUCAGGUGCCCCGGGGGGGGGUAUAGGGGGCUGUGCCCUCCAUUUCCUCGCUCCCCACCACCAGCCUUGUUGGGGACAUGGGGCUCCCCGCUGCCCAGAGCCAUAUUUUGUAAGCUGGUGCCCCCCCGGCACACAUUGGUUAUUUAUUACCCCAAUUUUCCUUCCCUGACUUUUUUGUUUUUCAAUAAACUCUUCUUGUAUUUAUUAGGAGCUCCUUCGUGUCUCCCCUGCACAGAGAGUGAGCUGGGGGGGCUCUGUGUUCCUGAGGGGUGUGCAAGUAAUCCCUGCUCCCCUUCCCACGGCAGAUGGGUGCAGAUAGGGGCAGUUGAUUCAGUAUUCAGUGACAGUGCAUGGUGCCAGGGUUAUUGUGGGGGGCCAUUGGAGCACCAGGAGAGAGCAGGUGGGGCGCACAGGGUGAUGGUGGGGGCACUGGGAUGGUGACAUGGUGCUGGUGGCACGUCCUCGAGCCAGAGUGGCACAUGACAGUCCUGGCAGUGGGACGAACCCAGUGCCAGUCUGGUGCCCAGCGCUUCCAUUGGCCUCAUUGUCAACUGUGAUUGGGUCCACAUCCACUCCUGGUGUGCAGUGCCAGCCCAUGCUGGUGCCCGGUGCUGCCCCACUGUGGUGGCUGGUAUCCUGGAUUGGUGCUCGAAGUUAUCCCAUAUUAGCGCCUCUAUCAUCUCUUACUUGGCCGACAGCAGGCGCUACCAGUGUCUGAUCCUGGUGCCCAGUGCUGUGCCAUCCUUGUUCCUCCCCGCCCUGCCGCCCAUAGCAGCCGGUACCGCAGCCCGGUGCCGCCCGUCCCGCCGCUCUCUGCCGCCGCCGUGCGGUUCUCCCUCCAACCUCCGCCAUCCCUGUCGGCCCUGACGUCAGAAGGAUAAAACGGAGACAAAAGCGCUUUUCUCGGCCUUUAUUCAAAGCCCGGUGGGUUUCGCCCUCCCCGGGACCUCCUCCUUCCGAGGGCGCGGGCGUUCGGCGGGGCUUUGGAUUUAGCGCAUCUCAGGACGGCGGCCAUCCACCCCCAUGGAAUUCACGGCUUGGACCCAACUGCCUCGAAAUUAGCUUCAAUGAACGAGGUGAAAUUCUCCAGUAAGUUGAUCACCACGCGGCCUCGCAGCACUGGAGGAGCAUUGAGGUGGAUGGGGGAGGGCUGGGAAAUAGAUGGAAGGCGUUGGUCCCAGCAGGCGCGGUUUGAACCCAUCGUUCUGCUCUCCCCUCUCGCAGAGAUGUCCUCACGUGUUCACUCCCAUCAUGGAGAUGUCAUCGUGGGUGAGGGGACAAAUCCCCCUUGCUUCCCACCUGCUGGGUCUCCAGAUGCUGGAAGUCCCCUUUUAUGAAUCCCCUCACCUUUUCUCAGGCCACGGCCCCAACCCUCCCCCUGCACCCAAUGCUGAGCGAUUCCAGCUGUGGGUGCUGCACCCCUUGUGUUCUGUUCCCACCCCCAGCACAGGGCUGGAUGGGCUGCGAGGCCCUUCUGCCCCCCCCCACCAGAAGCCACCACCACCACCGCCCUGGGUUCAAACUGCAGCAGGAUGAGAGAGGAGACGCCAAGGUUUUAUUGAGUAGAAAAGUAUUUGGGGCGCAGCCUCAGCCUGAACCGUGCCUCCCAAGAUCAGGUGUUCAGAGAAACGCUGCACGAAAAGCCUGGGCACCUCAGUUCUUUCAUAGAUGUAUAUUUACCAUUCACAAAGACUGCAGGAAUACGAUUAAUGAACAAUAAAUUAGGACUUCAUGUUGCUAUCGUUUGGCAUAACACAAUCAGGCAAGUUUUCUUCCUUCCGAAACAGGAGGCGACACAAGCCGACACAUCAUUGAACCCAUCUGUAGGCAAAUUGAUGAAGUUUGCUAACGAGCCAUUGCUGGAGAGUGGUACACUGAGACCUGAAGGAAGGACAGAAGUGCACCGACGUGUGCGAGGAGCUGGGAAAAGCACCCUGCUAAAGCUCUGAGCCCCAAACAUUCCUUACAGCCCAGGGCUACACGUCUAAAUUAAAACAAAAUAAUACAAAUCAAUGGGUUUCUUUUUUUCCUUUUUUUUUUUUUCUCCUUUCCAGGACCUCCAGCCAACUCUUGAUGCCACUUCAGAGCUCGUUAAGGUCUGUUAUGUUUUCUUUGUUCUUUCUCAGUGCCAUAGGAUGUCCCAUCAUUCCUACACCAUGCUCAUGGAGGAGGGAGAUACUUAAGGCUUCGUUUCCCCAGGGCUGUGAGGGAGGCUCACCCACACACAACGCUACUCAGACCCACGCUACUGGGCGACAUUCAUACAGAAACAUUACACUUACAGCUUACAGUGUAGAGCAGGAGUUUCCUUUUUUUCUUUUUUCUUUUUUUUUCAGCCAGUGUACAUAUAAAGAAUUGAUGUGUUUUGCUUUUCGUCUGUUUUUAAUUUCCAAACUUGGUGGUGAUCAUUAUGUUCAAGUAUUAGUUAAGGGAGAGGUUUUCUGCUUACAACAGAUUUGGCUCUAGGAAGGGAUGCUGGGAAGCAGAGGUUUGUGGUUAGUGUCACAGCAGGGAGGGAUGGAGGGGGAGGCACCGAGACCCUGGGAAAGGAGCAUUAGAGCUGCUCAUCCCCAGAGAGAAUGUCCUACUGAACGUGCUGCCCUGCUGGAGGAUGUGGG